CCCAAAUCUCGUCGAAUUUUCUCCUCCCCACAAAUCCCUAUCUGCCGUUUUGCGCCUUCUCCGCCAAGCGCCGGGGAAGCCCCGCCCUACCGCCGCCUCAAGAGUUUUGCUCUUCCCAAAAAUUCACCGCCGAUCAUCCCAGCCUUCGCUCUCUCUUCGGAUCGGAGCCUAACUUUCAAUUCCCCCAUACUUUUUCCGGUUCUUCGCUAGUUUUUUCAGCCACGAUGUAUUUCUUUGCUUUGUAGAGCUCUCUCUCAUCUCACAGUUCGUCUCAGAUCCCGUAGGUUUUAUUAAUGUAUUAUUCAAUUUCGUACAAUUCGUUGUUAUGGCUACACGGUUCACCGUCACCCACUCGGCCUCCAUGGCCGCAAACCUCUCUGCCGCCUCCGGCAAAGGCGGCGCCUCGCGGUUGUUUCACGGUAUCUCAAAGCGAUCGCGGAUUUUCCAACACCCGUUGUUGGGAAAACCCGACCCGAGUUAUUCCGGAUUCUCCCGCCCUGGAUUGGCGACUGAUUUCAGAAGACCGAUGCCGUUUGCUCAGGCGAUUCUGUCUGGGGAAAUUGUUGGAGGAAGGAGUCAGUCGCCAGUUAUCGUCGGGUUACUCUCUCUGCUGAAGCAAUCAAUUGGGUCUUCUGGGGUUUCUUCUGUUCAGGCGUCCUCAACCCUUCCUUUCAUUCAUGGUUCUAACUGGUUGCCAUAUAAAGGGCCCGCUAGCGCAGAGGUGGACAGGGGAAAGGCACUUUCUGGUACCGAAUCAGAGAGUCUGAGCAAAGGAACUUUGGAGACUCAGAUUGCUAGUGGUGGUGGCCGUAAAUGUUCUGAAGCAUUGGCGGCCAUCAAGAGUGAUUGUGCAAGUGCAAGUAGUGUGAAGGUUUUGCAUCAGAAACGUGGUGGUAGUAAGUCUGAUAAUAGUUGGCCUUUGAAAAUGUUGAACUUCUGUUUUACCUCUGAGGAUGCUAAGGCGGCUUUCACUGCCGUCAGUGUUGGCAUUUUGUUCAAAUCAACUUUGGCGGAGCCGAAGUCGAUUCCCUCAAUGUCUAUGUACCCGACACUUAAUGUGGGUGAUAGGAUUCUGGCUGAGAAGGUUUCUUAUGUUUUCAGGAGUCCUGAAGUUUCAGACGUUGUGAUUUUCAAGGCUCCUUCAUUUCUUCAGGAAGUUGGAUUUAGUCCGUCCGAGGUUUUCAUCAAAAGAGUAGUAGCAAAAGCUGGUGAUUGCGUUGAAGUUCAUGGUGGAAAAUUGAUGGUCAAUGGUGUAACUCAAGAUGAGGACUUCAUCUUGGAGCCAAUUGAGUAUUUAAUGGACCCAAUGCUUGUACCGGAGGACUGCGUGGGCCCACUGCCUAUCGAGUACAUUGUUGGUAGAUACCUCUUCCGCUACUGGCCUCCUUCAAAAGUAUGUGACACUCUUCACAGCACUCCCCAGCAAUGGGGUACUGCUGCAUUUUCGUGAAAACCCUCCACAACAAACUUCUUUCACUGAUUUCUGAUUUUUGCCUCAAAAAUCUUACUCCCGCCCAACUGGGCUUGAUCUUUGUACCUUCUGAAUUUUCCCCAUCACGACUGCUGCAAAUAUUCUCUGGCUGGUUUUCAAAAUUUCCCCCACAUAAUCAUUCAACUUUUGUUUUGUGGAUCUAAUCCAAUCGAAACCACUCAUCCUUCUAAGUAUUACUUCGUUUGCUGGUACUCUCGAUAUUCAAUAAGGAUAUUAGUAUUCGGCUGGGAUACCAUUUUGGCGCGAUUGGUUUGAGACUUGAAGUUUAAUUUUCAGGUUACCAAGAUUUGGGGGGUGAUUUUGUGUAAUGAAUGGUUUAUGACAGCAUGAAUUGCUCUGCAUAUGAUGUAGCAGAUGACACUAUUCUGGAAAUGAAACGAGUUUUUCAAUUAUUCUUCGUUGGCCUUUUCUGUUCUUGAAUCUCAUGUGUGUUUCUGGUUGUGGAAAGUUCCUUUUGUAUGCUUAAGCCUUCUGUACAACGUAAAUUUGUAGAGGAUUAUAUACAAGCAUUAUAGUCC